AUGCUUUAUCUCAUAUUAAUGUCACUGUUUCUUAAUGUCCUUGGGGAACACGACCCAAGACGAGUAUUAAUGGUAUACAGUGGAGGAACCAUUGGAAUGAAAAAAGGUGAUAAAGGGUGGGAACCCCAGGCCGGAUACCUUGAGUCUUUGAUGCAACAAAUGCCCCAGUUCCAGAGUGAAACCCUUCCUUAUUAUGACAUCAUUGAGUUAAAUCCACUUCUCGACUCCUCUGCUAUGACCCCGAAAGACUGGGUUCGAAUGGCUGUAGUAGUCAAUGAGAAUUACGACAAGUAUGAUGGAUUCAUUGUAUUACAUGGCACCGACACAUUAGCGUACACUGCAAGUGUCUUAGGGUUCUUCUUUGAGAAUUUGAAUAAGACGAUUGUUGUGACUGGAGCACAAACUCCAUUGUGUGAGCCGUACUCCGACGCGACAAACAACUUAAUAUCAGCACUGAAAACUGCAGGAGACUUAGAAAUUCCGGAGGUCGUUGUGACAUUUGGCGGCCACUUGUAUCGAGGAAAUCGCGUACAAAAGUUGCGAGCAAAUAGUUAUGAAGGGUUUGAUAGUGCGAAUUACCCUGUUCUUGGGAUGUUUGGCGCAGAGACUAUCAUCGACUGGCCACAUAUCAGGGGUAACCCGAUGGACCCCAUGAGAUUUAUACCAACAGUCACUGAUGGGAUAAUUGUGAUCUAUUUACACCCAGGAAUCACUUCAACAUACAUUAGUGCUGUAUUAAAUAACAACGUCAGAGGAGUCAUAUUAGCUGCAUUUGGUGCGGGCAAUGGGCCGGACAAAGAAGAGUUCUUAAAACCAAUGAGAGAAGCAAUUAACAGAGGUGUUGUGAUCGUCGAUGUCACUCAAUGCCAUAUGGGAAGAGUAGACUUGGACGAUUAUGCGGCGGCAAAUGGAUAUAAGUCAAUUGGUAUUAUAGGAGGGGGUGAUAUGACUAUUGAAGCCGCUUUUACUAAAUUGACGUGGUUACUCGCUCAAGGGUUGUCUCCAGAAAAUGUCCGAGUGAUGAUGAAACAGAAUUUGAGAGGUGAAUUGACUAUUGUCUAG